CGAGUCCCGCUGGGCCGCAGCCCGUGGCCCAGCGCUCGCCCCGGGUCUGCGCCCCGCCCGCUGCUCGGUCCCGCCGCGGGCUCCCACCGGACGGGACAGAUCAGCAGAGACGGCAGAAUGUCGCAGACGGCCAUGUCCGAGACCUACGAUUUCUUGUUUAAAUUCUUGGUUAUUGGAAAUGCAGGAACUGGCAAAUCUUGCUUACUCCAUCAGUUUAUUGAAAAAAAAUUCAAAGAUGAUUCAAAUCAUACAAUAGGAGUGGAAUUUGGCUCAAAGAUAAUAAAUGUUGGUGGUAAAUAUGUAAAGUUACAGAUAUGGGACACAGCAGGACAAGAACGAUUCAGGUCUGUGACAAGAAGCUACUACAGAGGGGCAGCCGGGGCUCUCCUUGUCUAUGACAUCACCAGCCGAGAAACCUACAAUGCGCUUACUAAUUGGUUAACAGAUGCCAGAAUGCUGGCCAGCCAGAGCAUUGUCAUCAUCCUCUGUGGGAACAAGAAGGACCUGGACGCCGACCGGGAAGUCACCUUCCUAGAAGCCUCCAGGUUCGCGCAGGAGAACGAGCUGAUGUUCUUGGAGACGAGUGCACUAACAGGGGAGAAUGUAGAAGAGGCCUUCAUGCAGUGUGCAAGGAAAAUACUUAACAAAAUCGAAUCAGGUGAAUUAGACCCGGAAAGAAUGGGCUCAGGCAUCCAGUAUGGAGACGCUGCCCUAAGACAGCUGCGGUCCCCAAGGCGCACACAGGCCCCAAGUGCACAGGAGUGCGGGUGCUAGGAGCAGGUGUCUUCAAUGGAAUAUGGAUACCAGGGCUGGAACUCAAAGAAUUUGAAGUUUUUUUUACCACCAUCUUUUUUCUACUCUAUGCAGAAGUAGAUCUCUGUGGGAAAGGACAGUGUGGGGUGUUAUGCAAGCUGGUAUAGACAUACCUGGCAGCCACAUAAUGAGCCUGACCCAGUGGAUAGUCCCCAUCAGAUGUACGCACAUAUGUAAAACCCUUGAUCCACACUUUCCCUUCCACCUUCAGCUUGAGCCAUGACCUUGUACUGUGUAUACCCCAGUACUUUUCCACUGCAUGUGUCUGGUGUAUGAUACGACAGAAUGUUGUGAUGCAGUUUAAUAUUUUUUUUAAUCAUAGGAACUGAAAAUCAUUAAUAUGAGGUGUGCUUGCUCAUCAUAUUGGUUAUAUUUAUGACCUGAUAUUCAAGGACUCUGGCAUUAAUAGCCAGUGUGUUACUUAUUUAAUUCUUCUUUCCACAUUCUGCACUGUGUUUAUGUGAUCCACACUUGAAAUACCAAUGAUCAUUCACUAACACCUUGAAAUAAAGUGAAAGGUGGAGUUUCCCAUGAACUGUAUGCUGUCUGUUCUUGGUUGACUUUAGGCUUCUGCCAGGUCAGCACAAGGCUCUCACCUGUUGUCCUGGACUGCAGUGGGCUGCAUGACUGGCACUGGGAUUGUAGUGCCUUCGACUCGUCCCCCAGGCACACAUUCCCCGGCCCCAAGGCAACGUGGCAGCUUCUUUGCUUCCAGCUGCUCAUUGGUCUGGUCUCCCACUAGAAAGCGCUGGUUUGCUACUGUACUUUUUGUGGAAUUCAAUAUAAGGGCAUCACAGCCUCUGUUUCAAAUCUUCCAUCGUGUUGUGUGCAGGGAGACCACUAACUCUAAUGCAUAUUAAAAAUAAUCUACCUUUUAGUUUUCAUUGAGUAUUUAAAUGCCUCACCACCUCUUUGGGUUGACCUGUUUCUAAUUCAGAGUGAGUACAGCGAAGUAUCACAUACAUUCUAAAGACUGUUCUUAUAUUGUAGACUGCCAUUGCAAAAACUAUAUAAUGAAAACUUUCUUUAAAACUGAAAUACAGUAUUAAAUGAGAGGUUUAAAAGUAUUCUUCACAUUUUAUAUGUUCUUCCACUGCGACUUUUUAGCCAUAGAUUGGCAAACUUAAUAACAUUUAUUUAGGCACUGCCUACUCCUUUUCUUAUCUUGUUUUCAUAAAUAUAGGGGCACAGAGACACAAACUUUAGAAAAUGAUUUGGCUAAAAAUAACAGUAUGUAUCUGCUUUAGAUAUUUUAUAUUUUAGGAUUUUUUUUAUAAGUUAGAUGCUGAAGUAAAUUCUCAAACUGAACCAUCUGGGACCUCGCUGGAGAGCAAUUCACUCAAGUCUCACAGGACUGCUGAGCGUGGAACAGCUCCUGGAGUGGGGUAGGGGCAUGUCGGUUCACCGGGGCAGGAAUUGUAAAAUAAGAUAAAUUUAGAGUUGUUUUAUAAGCAAGCCUGUAACUAAACCACAGCUACCAUAUAUUACUCCAUGUUCUGUGACCAAUAAAAGUUGCUGGAGAAUAGUCCUUGGUGACCUUAAUAAAGCUGUCGCCUU